AUGAAGCUAACUGGUGGAUCUUGUAGCCGCCUUUGUCUGGCGCGGCACCUUUUGUUCCUCGUCGUGUGUGUUUGGUCGCCGGUCGUCGUUGCCGCUUCCCACCCAAAGUCGCGUUCACGGACCCUUACCACGUCUUCUCUGAAAGACAGUCUCAAUCUCCAAGUGGUCCAGGUGGACAUUGGAAAUGGCCGCACUCGUCCUGGUCAUAUCCGACCCGAAAGCAGUGUUGCGGGGUUCUCCAUGACAGGUCAUGGAUCGACGGAUAAAUCCGCCCUGAUCGAGGCCGUAAAUGCCAAUCAUCGACCAACGGCGGAAGUUCAACCAGAACAAGCGGAAACACCUAUUGUCGUCAGUGCCGAAUUUCAAAUUGCAGUGGGUCCUGGCGGACCAGAGUUUCCAACCGGAGACGAAGAGUUUCAGCUUGCCGUGGGUUUAGCGUCGCUAUUCGAUCUGGCCUUUCGCACAACGUACCCAGACACCUACCAAGAGAGCCUGCUUUUGUUUUAUAUCGGUUUUAACGUCGACGGUGGCUGGUACACCUAUUGGGAUUUUGGUGUGGCCUUCACUGACAACCCAGAAACAUCAGAACUUGAAGAAAGGUUGCUUGCUGUUGACUACAGUGUUUUGGUCCCCUUGCUGAAUGGAAUUGGGGGGUAUUUCGCAUUUGCCACUGACGCCGACCUUACAUUUGUUGAUGCAGUGGAAGGUGGCCCAGGCUCGACAACGCCACCAGCUCCGACGCUCGUACCAGCUCCGACAGCCGCGCCAGGACCUGUACAAUCACGAUUUGAAAUCUUUGCCGACAUUCUCUGGGUUUUAGGAGAAACCUUUGGUGUGCUACCAUCCCAAGAAGAACAGCUGAAACUGUUGGUAGCAACGGAACGGCUCUAUCGCGAGGCAUUUGAGGAAGAAUUCGAGUUGGCACCAGGAAUGUUUCCCAAGUACCAAAUAUCUGGAUACGACUACGAGGAGUUUGGAGUAGUAGUCAUCUUUGAAGCCCAGGUGGACUUUUUGGAAACGCCCGAUGAAUUUGACAUUAUGGAUGUGAUGGAAUUCAUUGACUAUGACGAAUUCAUUUCAGAAGUGCUGGUCAAUAUUGGGCCUUUUUUUGAAGAAGCAUUUGACUAUGACCUUAUUGCUAUUGCAACAGAGAUUGAGCUGACGAGUGCACCCACUAGUGCCCCCGGGUCAACAGGCGACAGCUCGGAUGAUUCUGAUUCGUCCGAUAGCGAUGUGUGCUUUUCGGGAUCCACCACAGUUGUGGUGCAAGACAAAGGAAUGGUUGCCAUGCAAGAUUUGCAAGUGGGAGAUCUAAUCUUCCAGGGUUUCCACGGCAGAAACAAGGAUCCGGUCUUCCAACCGGUCUACGCAUUUGGUCACCGUGAUCCCAGCCAAUGGACUACCUACCUUCAACUUCAUGCGGCAUUACCCACCUCCAGGCAACAUGCAGAGCCCUUGGAGAUAACCAAGGACCAUUUAGUCUUCAAAAUCGACCCAGAUACGAGCAUCUUGCGUCCAACGCGAGCGAAAGAUAUCCAAGUCGGUGAUACCUUGCGAUACCACGACAUGGACACGCAACGUCAUCAGCCAGUGAUUGUCGCCAAGAUUGGAUUCGUCAGGAAACGCGGUGCCUACAUGCCACUCACUCGAGAUGGUAGCAUCGUUGCGAGUGGAAUUUUGGCCUCCAACUACGUAUCGAUCCAAGAUAUCGCUCCCACGGUUACCGAGCGAGCCACAGUUGUGCUUGGUUCGGAACAUGUGCUCAGUCACAUGUGGUUAGCACCCUUGCGGAUAUGGUGCACCAAUGUUGCGCCUACCAGCCGUGUGUGUACGAACACUCAGAAUGACACGGGCAUCUUGCCAUGGUUGUUGUGGGGCAAAUGGUUUGCCGAGAGCCAAGACGGCAAUCACUUCAUCGUCCACGUACUCAUUGGAAGUGUUCUGGUAGCGCUGUUCCUUGCUUUUUGGGCGAUCGAGACUUUGCUGACCUCGGCGGACGGCUCGUCAUGGAUCGUCACGGCCUAUUGUCUCGUGUGCGCUUGGAGGUACUGUCGUCCAUCUUCUUCCUCCCAUGUGAAGAAGGAGUUGAAACAACUGUAA